GCGUGUCUUGAUAACUAACUAUCACCGAGAAAACAGAAAAGCAAGUACUGUUGUUGCACGCCGCCUGGGAAGAAGUGAUUCUUAAAAUACAAAGGUAAACUGAAUGCGAUUGACGUAGACAAAAAUCCACGUACUAAUUGUUAUCGUCUGCUUCUCUUUCAGAUUGAAGCAAGUGAAUUCUGAUAUAACUCAACUUUGUUAGAGGGCUUUUUUUUAAAAAAAAGUUGAUCCACAGUGCAUCAGAGCAAGUUACUACUUUACUUUUGAGUGACUUACAGGUGCUUGCCUGCAUUGCAAUAAAGGACUCAUAUAUUGAGCAAGACUUAUUUAUCUCUUCGUUUUGGAGAGUCUAAUAAACUGUUAUUACAGUUUCUGUACUGACUUUCAAAGUUUUGAAGUCUAAAAAGACAUCUUUAAAAAUAAAAACAUGAGCACGGCCAGAACAGAGAACCCUGUUAUAAUGGGUCUAUCCAGUCAGAAUGGGCAGUUGAGAGGCCCUGUAAAACCCAGCGGGGGCCCAGGAGGUGGAGGCACACAAACUCAGCAACAGAUGAACCAGCUGAAAAACGCCAACACAAUCAAUAACGGCACUCAACAGCAAGCACAGAGUAUGACCACCGCUAUUAAACCUGGUGAUGACUGGAAGAAGACUUUAAAACUCCCUCCAAAGGAUUUGAGAAUCAAAACUUCGGACGUGACCUCCACAAAAGGAAACGAGUUUGAAGAUUACUGUUUGAAACGGGAGUUGCUGAUGGGAAUUUUUGAAAUGGGCUGGGAAAAACCAUCUCCUAUUCAGGAGGAGAGCAUCCCCAUUGCUUUAUCUGGUAGGGAUAUCUUGGCUAGAGCGAAAAAUGGAACAGGCAAGAGUGGAGCCUACCUCAUUCCUUUACUUGAACGGCUAGACUUAAAGAAGGACAAUAUACAAGCAAUGGUGAUCGUUCCCACCCGUGAACUAGCCCUGCAGGUCAGUCAAAUCUGUAUCCAAGUCAGCAAACACAUGGGAGGUGCCAAAGUGAUGGCAACAACGGGAGGAACCAAUUUGCGCGAUGACAUAAUGAGGCUUGACGAUACAGUGCAUGUGGUGAUAGCUACCCCUGGGAGAAUUCUCGAUCUCAUCAAGAAAGGAGUAGCAAAAGUUGAGCAUGUCCAGAUGAUAGUAUUGGAUGAGGCAGAUAAAUUGCUGUCUCAAGAUUUUGUUCAAAUAAUGGAAGACAUUAUUCUCACGCUACCUAAAAACAGACAGAUUUUGCUCUACUCAGCCACUUUCCCUUUGAGUGUACAGAAGUUCAUGAAUUCCCAUUUGCAGAAACCCUACGAGAUUAAUCUGAUGGAGGAGCUGACCUUGAAGGGAGUUACCCAGUACUAUGCCUAUGUAACUGAGCGUCAGAAAGUACACUGCCUCAAUACGCUGUUUUCCAGGCUCCAGAUUAACCAGUCGAUCAUUUUCUGCAACUCCUCUCAACGGGUUGAAUUGCUAGCCAAAAAGAUCUCCCAGUUGGGCUAUUCCUGCUUCUAUAUCCAUGCUAAAAUGAGGCAGGAGCACCGCAAUCGUGUAUUCCACGAUUUCCGAAAUGGCUUAUGCCGCAAUCUUGUUUGCACUGAUCUGUUUACCCGAGGUAUUGAUAUCCAAGCUGUGAAUGUGGUGAUAAACUUUGAUUUCCCAAAGCUGGCAGAGACUUAUCUCCAUCGUAUUGGCAGAUCAGGUCGCUUUGGUCAUCUUGGCCUGGCCAUCAACUUGAUCACCUAUGAUGAUCGAUUCAACCUGAAAAGUAUUGAGGAGCAGUUGGGAACUGAAAUUAAACCCAUACCGAGCAACAUUGACAAGAGCCUGUAUGUGGCAGAAUACCACAGUGAACCUGUAGAAGAUGAGAAACAGUAAACAUGCUUUGAUUACACAUGCCAGAAGGUGAAGCCCUUUGAUCCAGAUCUGUGACACAUCGUUUCUUUGGGGAUACCCUUCUCUUUGUGGGUUUUUCUUCGUCUUUUCAUUUCGGAACUAUGAAGACUAAAGAGCUCGGCCUUUUUUUCUUUUUAAAUUUGGCAUCAAGGAAGAAAGAAGAUAAAAGGAGGAAUGUCUUUUUGUUUUUCCACUUGUUUGCACUGUGUGCUGAUUGAACAUUAGUUGCACUAA